AUGUUUACGACACGAAUGCUUAGGCGUGCUAUGACACACGCCGCCGCGUCCUCUUCAUCGUCUACCGCGAGACAAUCGACGAUUAAGUCAACAAAACAGGUCAUGGAGCUCACGGAAGCGGCGGCGAAGCGAAUACACGAAUUGCUCGGGAACAAGGGUGCCGAAUACCUUAAAAUUGGCAUUCGCACGCGAGGGUGCAACGGCAUGACGUACACGAUGAACUACGCAGACGAGAAAGAUAGAGGUAAAUUUGACGAAGUCGUUGAUCAACACGGAGUGAAAGUGAUCAUAGAGCCGAAUGCUUUGAUGUCAAUUAUAGGAACAAAAAUGGAUUUCGUCAGCGAUAAUCUUCGCUCCGAGUUUACGUUUGAGAAUCCAAACGCGAAAGCCUCGUGCGGAUGCGGCGAAUCGUUCUCGGUGUAA